GUGAUGGCUUCAAAUGAAACAGACAUUUACGCUGAAAACAUUCUUCUCUGCUAUCCACUUCUACCAAACUCCUGUCCCAGAACGCAACGUCACACUAUAGUUAAAGUGGCAAUGUACACUUUCAUGCUGCUCAUUGCUAUUAUGACUGUUUUUGGGAACCUGCUGGUCAUCAUCUCUAUCUCACACUUCAAACAGCUGCAGUCUCCAACUCAUCUCAUUGUGCAAUCUCUGGCUGCUUGUGACUGUCUGCUGGGCUCUUUGGUCAUGCCCUACAGCAUGGUGCGAUCUGUGGAAGGGUGCUGGUUUUUGGGAGAUAUUGUUUGUAAAGUUCAUUCUAGUUUGGAUAUGACUUUCUGUAUCUCUUCCAUACUGCAUCUGAGUUUAAUAUCUAUUGAUAGGUAUUGGGCCAUCUGUGACCCUUUAAGAUACAAAAUGAGGGUGACAAACUGUACUGUAACUGUAUUUGUUACUUUCACAUGGCUGUUUUCCUUUGUGUAUAGCUUUUCUAUUGUGUUUUCAGGGGUAAAUAACAUUGGUUUGGAGGAACUAAUAUUAGAGAUGUCUUGUUUUGGAGGCUGUGUCCUGUAUUUUAACAAAGAGUGGGGCCUAAUUUGUGUACUUUUGGUAUUCCUUAUUCCAGGAACUAUCAUGAGCUCUUUGUACAUCAGCAUUUUCCAUGUUGUGAAAAAACAUGCAAAGGUUCUAUCUGAGAAAGUGUCCACCACAGUGGGGGUUCAUACCCAAAGCUCUGCUCAGAGAGAGAGAAAAGCAGCUAAAACUCUUGCCCUCAUUAUGGGUGUGUUUUUUCUCUGCUGGCUGCCUUUUUUUAUUGCUACCGCUGUUGAUCCUUUCCUCAAUUUUGUGACUCCUGUUGAUGUAUUUGAUGCUUUGGUUUGGUUUGGGUAUUUUAACUCCACUUGUAACCCUUUGAUAUAUGGAUUUUUCUAUCCUCGCUUUCAAAAGGCCUUUAAGAUUCUCAUAUCCACUUACAUCUGUGGCUUCAGUGAAAGAACCAUAUUGAUAUUUGAAUGA